UAAUAUCAGGUUUCAUACUCUCAACAACAAACUCAACGACCAUUGAAAUUAAUCCAAAUUUACCAGCAUCAAAAGAGAUCCUAAAUUGGUCUAAAGAAAAUAUUCAUCAAUAUACGUCAUCUUCUUCUAAUACAUAUUUGAUGACAAGUUUACAAAAGAUCAAUACAUCCGAACAUUCAACAGGAGAGAUAAAACACUAUUACACAAGAGUUUUUGCAAAAGGAUUAAAUCAGGAAGGAAGUAUAUGGUACAAUUCUUGUAAUACUUGCAAAUCGAAAGUUACUAUUAUUGAUGGUAUUGUACAAUGUACUAAAUGUACCAACGAAAAUGUCCAAUGUAGUUUGAGGUAUCUUAUCAAACUGUCUGUUGAAGAUAAUAGUUCAACAGCAAUAUUUACGUUAUUUGAUAAUGAAGCAGAACAAUUAAUUGGUAUGCCAGUUAUAGAAUUAGAAAAAAUCAAGGCAUCGAAGAUAGAAGAUUAUAAUAACAUCAUCAAAAAUAUUCUUGAGAAGGAGAUGACAUUCUUAGUAAAGGCUCAAGAUAAAAUUUAUGGGAGCCGAACAUUCCGUUCACUAACAGUUCAGUCUAUAAAGAUGGAUUCAAAUGAAGUUGGCGAACUUCAACAUAAAAAAAUCAAAAUUGAGGAAGUUUAAAAAAAAUAUUCAUAUUUGCUAUAUAUAUUUCGUACUGAUACUUGAUAUGGCUUGUUUAUUUUUCGUUCAACAUUUCUUUCAACUCCAACUAUCAUUUCUUUUUAAUUAGUUGCUUUUAAUUAGUUGCUUUUUUUGAAAAUAUUACAACUUUAAUCAUGUGCCAUAAUUUAUUUCUUUGUAAGAUUACAAGCUCUGAUUUUCAACCAAUUAUUUUUGUCCCAAACUUGAAAUUUGAGUUAAUACUAAACUUUUUAAAAUAUAACUUAGUUAUUGUUAUUAUUGUUUCUUCUUCUUGCAUUUCUUACUCCAACUGCACUAUCUGAUUGCUAUGGCUCAUCAUUGUUUUCAUUAUCCUUAUCUCAUCUAAUGGUGUUGGCUUUAUGAUUGGGGCUCCAUUCAUUCCUACUAGAGCUUUGCAUUAAGUGCUAAUUUUUCAUGACAUUUGUGUAUUUUACUCUUAAAUAUAUUUAUUAAAAGUUUUACUUGUCUAAGAGAUGAAAUUUUAUAAAUGGUUGUGGUAGCUGCAAUUAGUUUUGCAUGAAAGACAUUACUGCUUGCUUCAGACAAUAGCAAUCAAAGAUUCAACAAAGUUUAGAGACUUUCUUUCUUCAAAGGAAACGAACAUGUAUUAAAUAAGAUCAAGUCCCUCAAUGCCCUUUAAAAUCUACCUCCAUGUUCUUAUUAUUCAUAGAACUUGAGAAGAGAGAUAACAAUUAUCUACUUUCCAUGCAUUAUUUAUAUGAAGUUCUAAAUUUAUUUUUUGAAGAUUUUUAAUUUUAUAGAUAUAUUUUAUA